CUGUUUUUUUAUUUCUUUUUAUUUGCCGAUUGUCGUGACAUUUGGUGUCAUUUUUAUCUGGUGUAGGUGAGACCCGAUGGAAAAUUUAUGGCUUCCGAAGUAGUAUGUUGGUUUGGGUGAUUGUGAAUUUGUUGGAUGAUUUUUUGCUUAUUUUCCGAAAGUGUUUGUGUGAAUAUGUAUUGGAAAUAUUGAAAUUGCCAAUGUGUGUAUCAGUGAAGAUAAGCUCGAAAGUUGUUGUAGCCUGUUGAUCGAAUAAAUCCACACCAUUUUCAAUAUGAUAACUGAUAAGUUUUGAACUGCAAAAAUUAUUUAAAAUGUUGCAACAGAGAUACUUACCUACGUAUUAUUACUGCAUGUUAUCAAAACUGUGUUCUAUUUUCUUUGUUUCAGGUGAGUGUUGAAUUCUCAUCCUAAGAAUUGAUGUAAUAACGAUCAGAAAGGAUGGAAUGAUGUCAGUUUCCAUGGUUCAAAUCAAUUCCUUACUCCGAAUAUAGAUAUUUUGGCAUACAGUGGCGUAAUCUUGCAUAAUUACUACACCCUAACAGUAUGUUCGCCUUCACGUUCAGCCCUUAUGACUGGAAUUCAUCCUAUCCAUACAGGGAUGUAUCACAGUGUUAUACACGAUGGCGAACCUUUUGGUCUUCCUUUGAAUUUGAAAAUACUGCCCGAAUACCUGAAGGAACGUGGCUAUCAAACUCGAGCUGUUGGUAAAUGGCAUUUGGGAUUUUAUAAAGCGGCUUAUACGCCCAUACAUAGAGGAUUCGACUCACAUUUCGGAUAUUGGGGCUCUCAUUUGGAUUAUUAUCGUCACGACGCUGCAGAAUUUCCGGUAUUACAAUCUAUUGGGUACGAUUUCCGAAGAGACAUGAAUACCACUUGGGAUUACAAAGGGCAAUACGCUACUGAUCUGUUUACUCAAGAAUCUGUCGAUAUCAUUAAUUCGCAUAAUGUUUCCGAACCACUGUUUUUGUACUUGGCUCAUUUGGCUAGUCACGCGGGUAAUCCUCGACAUCCUCUUCAAGCUCCUGCAGAAAUCAUCAAAAAAUUGAGUUACAUUGAAGAUAAAAAGAGACGCACGCUUGCAGCUAUGGUUUGGAAACUGGACGAAUCGGUUGGUAAAGUUGUGCAAGCUUUGGCCAGCAGAAAUAUGCUCAACGACACGAUUAUAAUUUUCACUACUGAUAAUGGUGGUCCAGGUGCUGGUCAAGAUGGAAAUUACGCCUCCAAUUGGCCUUUGAGAGGAAUGAAAGCUACCUUGUGGGAAGGUGGAGUACGUGGAACUGCAUUUGUCUGGAGUGCUGAUCUUCCACAUUCCAGAGUAUCGCAUGCUCUUAUGCAUGUUCAAGACUGGCUGCCAACGAUACUUGGAGCUGUGGAUGAAAAUAUUACCAGUGAUUUGGUUCUACCGAAAGGUAGUGUGGGAUUAGAUGGACGUAACAUGUGGCCAGUCUUGAAAGGUGAUAAAGAAUCAGAAUACAAUGAACUCAUCAUACAACGAGAUCGCGUCAGUGGUCAGUCCGCCCUACGCAAAGACCAAUGGAAAUUAAUAAAGUUUGGGAAGAAAAAUAACUGGAAUAAAUGGUACGGACCAAGUGGCCGUAAUAAAACCUAUUCGUCAUAUAAUGAGACUGCUGUAAAGGAUAGUUUGGCUGGUACGGCUCUAUCUGGAAGCAAUUUCGAAAUUCCAACAGACGAGCGAAUAUCCGAAUUACGUGUCAAUGUCACAAUCUCGUGCAAGUAUUGCAAUAAUAGUACAAAUGGAACUAAUUGUACCCGAUGCGUUGUUUCCAAGAAUGGAAUGUGUCUCUUUGAUGUAUUCCAAGAUCCGUGUGAGAUGAAUAAUCUGGCUGAUAAAUACCCGCGUAUUUUGACCAAUUUAAAUGAAACAAUGUCCAAGUAUAUUCCAGUUCCACCUAGAAACAGAUUAGUUGAUCCCAGAGCCGAUCCUAGUCUUUGGAAUUAUACGUGGGUGAACUGGAUGGAUUACGUUGAAAAAUUCACGCAUGAAGUAAAGAUAAAUGUGAAAUUGCACGCAUAAUUGAAGGUGCAGAAGUACGUGCUGAUUGGGGAUUUUGGAUGCUUGAAAUCGCAGCUUGGCAUUUUUGGAAGAAGCGACCAGUAUUCCAUUAUCGGUUAUAUGAAUUUUGACUACCUAUAGAUUUACGUAAAAAUAUAAAGUUGAAGUUUAGGUCUUGAAAUGGUUAAUAUAAUGAAGUUAAGCAAUUAAAUUUUUUGACAGAAUUACUCAAGAAUAUGCCACAGACUGAUUCGUUUAAAAAAUUUGAAACGAGUCCAAAUCAUCAAGCUGCUUUCAAAAAUUUGUCAAAAAGUCCGAAAAUCAUCAAAAAUUACUCGUAUUUUAUUGAAAUUUGCAAUUUUUUCAAUUUCGAUGGAAUUGUGCUAGAAUUUAUGUACUUGGUGAAAAUUUGUUGAAACUUUUUGAAGAAAAUUUACUCGUAUGUAAUCAAAAGAAUAAUUAAUUUCCGAAUUCAGCCCCUUGAAAGUUGAAAGUGGUACUAAUGAACACGUUCUCACUGAGCUGAUUGAAUUGAAGGUAGUUAUGCCCUGCCACCCUCCACCCCCUCUCCCCCAAUAAUUGGGGAUAGGGCUGAUGAAAAAAAUGGAAAUAUGAUGUGCCAAAUUUUGGUUUUGGGACCAAACUGGUUUCAAUAUUUCUGUAUCCAUAUCAUGUUUUAAACCGUUUGAAUUUUUUCUCAUCCCCCUCCCCCACAGUGGGCUGUGAGCACCCUCAAAACGGGCGUAAUUCAAAAACUUACAAUAAACCUAACAACAAUUGUAAAAUGAUAUCCUACUUUAUGUUUUUGGGGUCGCAGAAUACGAAUUUGACAAUAUUUUUUUGUAGGGGUAUUGGAGGGGGGGGGGGGUGAGGGGGCUCAAAAAUUCAAAAUUUGACUAUAAUGACGGGUGAUAUGUCGAAAUGUAUGUUUUCGAGGGUGUAGAUCACGAAUCUGACAAUAUUUUUUUCGUUGGGGUGAAUGGUGGGGGAUGAAGGGGGUAAAAACGGCGAAAAAUUCAAAAUUUGACCAUAAUGAUGUGUGAUAUGUCAAAAUAUAUGUACCAAGUAUGAAUAAUUCAACUGAAAGUAAGUACUUUCCAUCAAUUUACUAGAUUUUAGUUUUUAUAAAAUAAUUAUAGAGAUAAAAUUCAUCUUAAAAUCCCGUUUUUCUCCUACUCGGCUGCAUAAAUUGGAAUAGAAAAAAUUUUCUCACGCAGAUGCAUGGGAAAUUCCAGUGGCUGGUUUAACUUGAGAUUGUGUAUUUCAAGAUGUCAAUUGCCAUUUUUGACCGAAAGUGACCCAAUGACCCACACAGUCGAUUGAAGUGAAAAAUCAUAGUGAAUUUUGUUUAAAAGUUACAAAUUUUUCUCUUACUGGGACUUUCGGGGCUCCCCAACAAAAAAUUCUUCAUCCCCCACCCCUCACCUCUUCUACACCCCGAAAACGUACAUUUUGACAUAUCACACAUCAUUAUAGUCGAAUUUUGAAUUUUUCGCCGUUUUCAUCCCCUUCAUUCCCCCACCAUUCAUCCCUAUGAAAAAAAUAUUGCCAGAUUCGUGAUCUACACCCUCGAAAACAUACAUUUCGACAUAUCACACGUCAUUAUAAUCGAAUUUUGAAUUUUCAUCCCCUUCAUCCCCCACCAUUCACCCCUACGAAAAAAAUAUUGUCAGAUUCGUGAUCUACACCCUCGAAAACAUAAAUUUCGACAUAUCACACGUCAUUAUAAUUGAAUUUUGAAUUUUUCACAGUUUUCACCCUGUUCAUCCCCCACCAUUCACCCCUACGAAAAAAAUAUUGUCAGAUUUGUAAUCUACACCCUCGAAAACAUACAUUUCGACAUAUCACACGUCAUUAUGGUCAAAUUUUGACUUUUUGACCCCCCUCACCCCCACCCCAUAUCCCAACAAAAAAAUAUUGUCGAAUUCGUAUUCUGCGACCCCAAAAACAUAAAGAAAGAUAUCAUUUUACAAUUGUUUUUGGUUUUAUUGUAAGUUUUCGAAUUACGCCCGUUUUGAGGGUGCUCACAGCCCACUGUGCCGCCCCCCCCCCAUAUAUGAGGAGGUGGAUAGCAAAACGCAAUAACUCCAAAAUUACGAAAAUUGAGUUUGAUAUCUAUCCUUAUGUAAAAUUCAACGGGGAAUCCAUUCCCGGUGUCAGAUUUUGUCCAUCAGUUGAAUAUCAUAGCGCAAUCGAGGAAAUUAAGUCUGAUUUUAGAGCUAAAUGCAUUGAAAAAUGAGAUUUUGUUUGCAAAACGCAAUAACUCCACUACUUUUUAUACAUUUCAGUUGCGCAGAUGUGGUAACACUGUUUUUUUUCAUCGGGUGGGUACUGAAAAUCGUUGGGUAGGAGUUACUUAAAAAAAUGGUGCUUUCGUUGCCACUCUCUGAAUGCCAUAUCACACACAGGAAUUGUUUGAAUUUCACAUUCCAGUUUUUCAAUUGUUUUUUAUCGAAAAUUCUCGAUUAAACAUCAAUUUUUUCAAAUAAAAAAUACGUUUUUUUUGCAGAAAAACACCAAAAAAAAAAUUUUGCGUUCAAAACGCAAUAACUUUUUUUUCUUUUCCUCACUGUGCUUACCCAGGUGACCGAAAUUUUGAAAUUGAGUGGAAAUUUUAUUUGUGGCACCUUCCCCUUUCAUUUGACACCAAUUUCGGAACUCAACCCCCCACCCUUCCCCUCCUGACAAUUUUUCCUAAUUUCCCAAAAAAACCAAAAAUGGAGUUAUUGCGUUUUGCUAUCCACCUCCUCAUAUGUAUUAGAGAGAAAUCUUUCAAAAAUACUCAUAAAUACUCAGUAGCUACAAAAAAUGUGAGAAAAAACUACCACAAGUACAUAUUUUCUUCAAGGUAUAAUAAUUUGUGCAGUACACUUUCUUUUUUAGGUAUAGAGGUCGCAAAUUUUUGUGUAAUGAGGCCAUCCUCAAAAUUGAAUAUGAUUUUUCAAAUUUUAGGUGCCCACGUGUAAUGUUUCCAUGUCUUUACUUCAUGUUCAAGUAAUCAUUAAAUAAUAUUAUCUACUUUUGUAAUUGUUUCCCAUGUGUAGUUCAUUAAGAAUAUUUACUAUCUAAGUCGCCAUGUUUCUUCAGAAAGGUGCAAUAAUAUGAAACUGCUGAAGGUGACAUUUUGUUCAUUGCCAACCAGCAUACAAACUUACAAACUCAAUUUUUUUUCCGUUACAAAAAUUUAUACUGUAUUAAGUAUUCAUAUCUGAUGUGAAAAAAACCAAAAUGUGUUUGUUUAAAAAAAAAUCUUGCCGAA